CCCUUGUCCGAACAAAAUCUAGCGGUUGAGCUGCCAUUUAUUAUGGCAAGAUGUCGUGAUCGAUGAUCUACUCAUUCAUGGAUUGAGUAAUCUGACGACGUUGGCACGUGUUGAUAUCGUAUUAAGUGUUUGUCUUCCAUUGAAAAAACAGUUGGUCGUGUAACAAUUUCGGACUCACGAUUGAUGGUUACAUCAUUUUGGAUUUGUGGUGCAUUUGCGGGGUUUUUUUUUAUCACGAACCUAGAUUAGCGAUCAUGUAGUACUUGCAUUGUGGACGGAAUACCAAGUUUACGAGCUAGCUAUAGUCAAAGAUUGUCGGAGCCGAAAGUACAAUUGGGUUGGUAAUUGCCACAAUCCAAAGUGGCAUAAUCUCCAAUUCUCCAUCAUGAUGAAAGGCUUGUCAUAUUUGGGGAAGUAGGCGAACUUGCAAUGAAUUAGUAGGUGAUCUAAUACACAUGAACAAAGUUGACAACACUAAUAUAUAGUAAUACUCAUUCAGUCAACACUAAUAUUAGUAAUAUAUAGUAAUACUCAUUCAGUCGCCAUUUUUUUCAUUAUCAAGAUGAGAUCGAUACAUGAAUUAUCUUUUACUUUUGCCGACAAGAACAAAUGGUCAUCCUGUGAUCGGUCUGAGUGAGGUCUCAGAUUUCACGUACCCUUACUGUCCGGUCUUGAUUUGGUCCGAUCUUGACCCGGUCCGGUCCCAAUUUGAUCUUGAUUUUAGGUGUUGGGGGUCUCUUAUCCGGUCUUUAUCCGAGUUUUUUUUACCUCAAAUCUAAGCUCAAAUAUGAGAUUGGAUUGUUUGCUAUCCGGUCCCAGUUCGAUCCGGUUUCGGGUAAAACCAAACAGUCCGGGACCAAAUAGCCAGCCCUACUCCACUGUAUCGCCGCUCAUCCAUAACAUAAAGAGCCUACAGAAGUUCAUUAUUUAAUAUUUUUCUACGGAUCAGGAAAACACGACACAUGAUUUACAUGGUUCAAUAAGAAUUUGGUCUAUUCAGAGUCCGACUAUUCCAGUCGUAGGGGCUGAUAGUCCAAUUCAAGUCACAUCAACACUUACAAAUAAGAAUUUGGUCUAGUGGUAAUACCAAUGGUCUUGAAUCUGAAGUUAUUAUUAGAUAUGAAUCACUUAAGCAGCACCUCUAACCUAAAACUAAAUUUAUAUCAUGCUCUUAUAAAAACAAAUAAUACAUGCAUACCCUUAUGUACUUUCUUAAAGGCGCGCUUGUACCCUAAAUGAAAAGGUUUCAUAUCAAAUGACUAAACUUUAUCACUUUUCUCAUUAAUUCACAUGCAAAUACGCAAGAGAGUGAUGUAAGAUUCAUAAUCAACUUUUUUCUAACAAAUUAUUAAGAUCAAACGAUUCAUGACAUGGUAUAAAAGCUUGUUUGAUCAUGUGGUUGAAGAACAAGGUAUGCUCGACCUAUACAAAUUUCAAACACAGCAAACUUUCGUUUGAUAGACCGUGCAAAUUCAUAAUUAAUCUUCUAUCCAUUCACUCGAAUUCAUAGAACCAAAUAACAAUAUCUACAUUGACUUUCAAAUUUUAACUCUUUUUUUUUUCUCAAACUUUAACUCUAAUCUACAAGCACCCAUUAGCAAAUUAAUGACUCUUGAACCGCCACAUGCAACAAGGUCAACUACAACAAGUCAAAUCCAACUUCACUACCCUUUUUCAGCCGAUUAUAUAUCAUCAUCCCUCUCAAAUCCACCAAUAUGAACCAAUUAUUAAGAAAAUCAGUAAGCCCAAAAACACAAAUUAAAUGAUGCUAUCCAAAUUCUCUCUUCUCCUUAUCCUUCUUCUUCUUCUUCUUCUUCCCUUUCAACUAACACUCGCCCAACCGUCCAAUCCCACUUACAUAACUCACGUCUGCCCCACCGCCACAGCUUUCACUCCAAACUCUACCUUCGCCACCAACCUCAACGCCCUCCUCUCCCUCUUUUCCACCGCCGCCACCGCCGGCGCCCCCUUCCACUACGCCGCCGCCGGCAACCAGUCCUUCCGCCCCGACACGGCCGCCGCCUACGGCCUCUACCUCUGCCGGGGCGACACCACCCCGAAAGAAUGCCAAGACUGCGUCAACUUCGCCGCCUCCCACACCGCCCAGCACUGUCCGAACCGGAAAACCGCCGUCAUCUGGUUCGACCGCUGUAUGGUUCGCUACUCGAACCGGUCGAGCUUCUCGGUCCAGCCGGACACGUUCGUUCUGUGCAAUAAUGCCACAAACGCAACAAACCCAAACCGGUUCAACCAGCUGGCGACCCGGCUUAUGAGAGAGAUCAUCGCCGAGGCGGCUGCGGGGGAAUCUAAGAAGUUUGCGACUAAGUCCGACGUGGCGGCGCCUUCUCGGUCGGUUUAUGCGAUGGCUCAGUGCACGAACGACUUGUCCGGCGAAAACUGCGACCGAUGCCUGAGGACGUGUCUGAGCUUGCUUCCGUCUUGCUGUAACAGUGGAAAGCAAGGCGGAAGGGUUCUGCUUCCUAGCUGUAACAUCAGAUACGAAUCCCAUCCUUUUUAUAGAGAAACUGCUACGACUGAAGUGGCGGCAGCUCCGCCGGAGCUGGAAGUUCCGGCUCCGGCUCCAGUAGAGACGCGGGUUGAAGGCGACGGAAGCGGGAUAUCAUCGGGAGCAAUAAUAGCCGCCAUCGGGGUUCCAGUUGCCGUUUUCAUGUGGAUAGUAGGCGGCCUAGCUUGCUGCUUCAUCAACAAUAGAAUGAGAUCAUCAUCAACUAGAAAGAAGCUUAAGCUAGUUCACAACGCUGCUUCUGGUUCUGGAGGAGACCCAAAUGGACGAAAUUGGUGGCGCUUUUCAAUUGAAGAAAACGAGAUCACCAAUGCCGAGUCCCUGCAGUUCGACCUGGCCACCAUCGAAGCCGCAACCAGUAACUACGACCCUCGUAAUAAACUUGGACAAGGUGGAUUCGGCGAGGUUUAUAGGGGCACCCUCAUUACCGGAGAAGAAAUAGCGGUGAAGAGACUGUCGAAAAGCUCGGGACAAGGAGAGGAAGAGUUCAAGAACGAGGUUCUGCUAGUGGCCAAACUUCAACACAAGAAUCUAGUCAGGCUGUUAGGGUUUUGCUUGGAAGGGGACGAGAGAAUACUCGUCUACGAAUUCGUCCCCAACAAGAGCCUCGACCAUUUUCUCUACGCUGAGGAAAGGAAAAUGUUGUUAAAUUGGCCAUCACGACACCAGAUAAUACUCGGAAUUGUUCGAGGGACUCUUUAUCUCCACGAGGAUUCUCGGCUUAAGAUCAUACAUCGUGACCUCAAGGCUAGCAACAUCUUGUUGGACAAGGAUAUGAAGCCCAAGAUUUCAGAUUUUGGGAUGGCUAGGAUCUUCGGAGUUGACCAAACUCAGGCAAAUACGAACAGAAUUGUCGGCACUUUUGGCUACAUGUCUCCAGAAUACGCAAUGUACGGACAAUUCUCAGAGAAAACUGAUGUGUACAGCUUUGGAGUCUUGCUCCUGGAGAUCAUAACUGGAUUGAAAAACUCCACCUUCACCAAAAAGGAUGGUGCCCAAGACCUCCUUGGCUACGUUUGGAAGAACUGGAAGGAUGGGACGCCAUUGGAAGUGUUGGACACGACGUUGCUGGAUUCCUAUUCCUACAAUGAAGUCCUUAGAUGCAUUCAUGUUGGUUUGCUGUGCGUACAAGAACAAGCGGCUGAUAGGCCGACGAUGGCGACGGUGGCUCUAAUGCUGAGUGGCUACUCCGUUAGUCAACCGUUGUUGCCCAAGCAGCCGGCGUUUUUCUCUCCGACCAGCUGCAGCUCGGCUGUCGGCCGCGGUGGCCGAGGAACAAGGCAAGUGGUGGUGGUGGUGGAAAAUGGCCAAUCAGGUGACAAGUCGAUUAAUGAGGCUUCCAUCACUGACAUGUAUCCGAGAUAACAAUAUUGCUGUAUACUAAUUCUUACUAGCUGGCUAGUAAGGGCUUUGAAUUUCCUUUAUGUUGAAUUAUUUUGUGAUUGGAAGUUGUUCAUUAUAUAUGUAGUCAAGAGCAAAGUCAGGAUUAUUUAAAAGAUUAUUAUGUGGAUAUUCAACCUAGAGAGGACAUAUCAUGUUACAUAUAUAGCAUAUCAUUUUACCCUUUUUCCUAAGAAGCAUAGUUAGUAAAUAAUUCAUUUAAUACACGUAUAUAUGGCCAUGCGUAUUUUAUCAGUUUAAACCUUUCGUAUCCAUAUUAUUGUCAAGACGUUUCAUUUUGUCCCGUUCAUUUUAUGCCUCUCAUACUCAAUCGUAUAACACGUUUAAUAUAUGUAUUUAAUGAAUUAAAUGACUAACU